AUGUUUGAAAUAAAACUGAACAAAUGCCUGAAAACACAUCUAGAAACACUUUCUUCAGAGAAUAUAACAACUGAACAACAAGAGCAAACUAUUUCGAAUGGUGAGAUAAAUCGAUAUAUCGAACGAGAGAGUAUACCAAUGUCGUCCUUACUGAGUAUAUUUAAUCUACAUUGGCAGAACUGUCCUGAAAUAACGAUGAAGAACUUACUAACACCAUUACAUUUUAAAUUCAAAGAGAAACGUAAACCUGGUGAGGGUUAUUCGAAAGAAUUUAAGGAACAAUUAGAUAAACUUCGAUUAGUCGAACAGGAGAAUGAUUACCAAAGAUUAGUGAAUAGAGAAAAGGAAACCAACAGCUUGGUUCACGUCAAAGAAGGUGAUGAACUUGAUCUUUCUCCAGCUCAAAUUAAUAAACAAAUAAAAGAACAAGUUACUACCAUAUUCAAUAUACUUUUAAGUGUGUUAUCGGUCAUAUUUGCCAUUUGGUACUGGACUGGUACUUCAAUGAGAGUAGAAAUCCAAUAUCGAAUUCUUUUAUGCCUCUUUUUUGGUAUCCUGGUGCUAGUUGCAGAAGUUGUUGUAUAUAAUAGUUACCUAAACAAGAUCGACGAUGCUAGAAAGAAAGAGAGAAGUAAAAUAGAGAAAAAAAAAGUUAUUAAAACAUUAUAG